AUGCGCCAAAUCCUAACAGCUUUCUCUCGCGCCUACGCAAUACGACCCGUCUUGCGCCCCCUUGCGCUGCCCACCGCUCGCAUCGGAAGAACGCAGAGGGCUGGUAUCACCUCAGCCGCCGUCCGCAGUCCCGACAACUACAGUAUGGGCCGCGACGACCGCCCGCCACCACCGUUCGAGCCGCUCUCCAGUCGCCGUGGCCAGCUCGAGCCAGAGGACGGGAGCGAAGCGAGCGAUAUCCGCGGAUCAAGCUCGAGCUCGAGUUCUAGUUCCAAUUCCGGGUCGGGGUCUGGGUCGGAGUCGUCGAGCUCGAGUUCCGGUGGACAGGCGGGUCUAGAAGGACUCCGCGCCGCAUCUGAUCCUGGGCCCAAACUCUCCCUCGUCCUCCCGGCUAACCUGAGGAUGGGUUACGGCUCGGCCCAUCCCGAACUCACCUCUCUCGUCGCCAGCAUCCCCUUCCUGCGCGCCCUUCACACACCUGAACAAUGCCCCGCCGCCGAAGCCCUAACGCGUCUGCGUAUCGGUCCUCUUCUAGGGGCAGGGCGUACAUGGACAGUCUACGGCGCAAGCGCUGGCCAGCCGCGCGGAAUGUCCAGUUUCGGCCAAGAUCCCUCGGCCCCAGGCGAACCGACAAUGGAACGUAGAUCCGUCGACGAGCCGGCCUUCCGCUCCCCCAGGACCAAUACAUCUACCUCGACCUCAACCUCUACCUCCAGCUUCCCUCAGCUCGUGGUCAAGCUCUUCUCUCCCGAUAUUGGCAAGUUUCCCCGCGCGCGCGCGCGCUCCUCUUCUUCCUCCUCAACCAGCCCAACGACCAAGGAGGCCGAAGCGGCAGCCAAUAUGCGCGCAGCACUCUUCGAGGCGGAGAUGUACGCUGGUCCUCUACGUUCGCUGCAGGGCACUGCUGUGCCGCGGUAUUAUGGCGUCUAUUCCGGCGCAGACGACAAGGGGCGACGGCUGUAUGCCCUCGUCCUCGAGCGUGUGGGACGGGCGAUUCACCGAAAGCACGACGGGGGCAAGGGAACAUGGGAUGAUCUGAUUCCACAACAACGCCGCGCCGUCGCCCAGCUCUAUACCAAGGUCCACGGCGCGGGGGUCGUCCAUGGCGACCUGGAGCUGCGGCAUAUCCGGCGCGAGCUGGGUGACGGGGGAGGACUGCGGCUUAUCGACUUUGAGGGGGCGCGGUUCAAGCCCGACAGCGUGGAGAAGGAACGUAUCGAGCUCGACGGGUGUAUUGGCCCCGAAUGGCGGCGGUGGCUCGCGUGA